AUGCUCAUAGAUCCCGAUCCUGAAACUGACUUACCGUGUUACAUACACCUCUAUCUCUCCAUCUACCUACCUACACCUCUAUCUCUCCAUCUACCUACCUACACCUCUAUCUCUCCAUCUACCUACCUACACCUCUAUCUCUCCAUCUACCUACCUACCUACACCUCUAUCUCUCCAUCUACCUACCUACCUUCACCUCUAUCUCUCCAUCUUCCUACGUACACCUCUAUCUCUCGAUCUACCUACCUACACCUCUAUCUCUCAUCUACCUACCUACCUACCUACACCUCUAUCUCUCCAUCUUCCUACCUACACCUCUAUCUCUCCAUCUACCUACCUACCUACCUACACCUCUAUCUCUCCAUCUACCUACCUACCUACCUACACCUCUAUCUCUCCAUCUUCCUACCUACACCUCUAUCUCUCCAUCUACCUACCUACCUACACUUCUAUCUCUCCAUCUACCUACCUACCUACACCUCUAUCUCUCCAUCUACUUUCCUACCUACCUACACCUCUAUCUCUCCAUCUACCUACCUACACCUCUAUCUCUCCAUCUACCUACCUACACCUCUAUCUCUCCAUCUUCCUACCUACACCUCUAUCUCUCCAUCUACCUACCUACACCUCUAUCUCUCCAUCUACCUACCUACACCUCUAUCUCUCCAUCUACCUACCUACACCUCUAUCUCUCCAUCUACCUACCUACACCUCUAUCUCUCCAUCUACCUACCUACACCUCUAUCUCUCCAUCUACCUACCUACACCUCUAUCUCUCCAUCUACCUACCUACACCUCUAUCUCUCCAUCUACCUACCUACACCUCUAUCUCUCCAUCUUCCUACCUACACCUCUAUCUCUCCAUCUACCUACCUACACCUCUAUCUCUCCAUCUACCUACCUACACCUCUAUCUCUCCAUCUACCUACCUACACCUCUAUCUCUCCAUCUUCCUACCUACACCUCUAUCUCUCCAUCUACCUACCUACACCUCUAUCUCUCCAUCUACCUACCUACACCUCUAUCUCUCAUCUACCUACCUACCUACCUACACCUCUAUCUCUCCAUCUUCCUACCUACACCUCUAUCUCUCCAUCUACCUACCUACCUACCUACACCUCUAUCUCUCCAUCUACCUACCUACCUACCUACACCUCUAUCUCUCCAUCUUCCUACCUACACCUCUAUCUCUCCAUCUACCUACCUACCUACACUUCUAUCUCUCCAUCUACCUACCUACCUACACCUCUAUCUCUCCAUCUACUUUCCUACCUACCUACACCUCUAUCUCUCCAUCUACCUACCUACACCUCUAUCUCUCCAUCUACCUACCUACACCUCUAUCUCUCCAUCUACCUACCUACACCUCUAUCUCUCCAUCUACCUACCUACACCUCUAUCUCUCCAUCUACCUACCUACACCUCUAUCUCUCCAUCUACCUACCUACACCUCUAUCUCUCCAUCUACCUACCUACACCUCUAUCUCUCCAUCUACCUACCUACACCUCAUCUCUCCAUCUACCUACCUACACCUCUAUCUCUCCAUCUUCCUACCUACACCUCUAUCUCUCCAUCUACCUACCUACCUACCUACACCUCUAUCUCUCCAUCUACCUACCUACCUACCUACACCUCUAUCUCUCCAUCUUCCUACCUACACCUCUAUCUCUCCAUCUACCUACCUACACCUCUAUCUCUCCAUCUCCAUACCUACACUUCUCAUCUCUCCUAUCUACUCUACUACCUACCUACACUUCUCUCCAUCUACUCCAUCUACCUACCUACCUACCUACACCUCUAUCUCUCCAUCUACUACCUACCUUACCCUCUAUCUCUCCAUCUACCUACCUACACCUCAUCCUCCACUACCUACCUACACCUCUAUCUCUCCAUCUACCUACACCUCUAUCUCAUCUACCUACACCUCUAUCUCUCCAUCUACCUACCUACUCACUACCUACCUACCUCAUCUCUCCAUCUACCUACCUACACCUCUAUCUCUCCAUCUACCUACCUACCUACACCUCUAUCUCUCCAUCUACCUACCUACCUACACCUCUAUCUCUCCAUCUACCACUACCUACACCUCUAUCUCUCCAUCUACCUACCUACACCUACACCUCUAUCUCUCCCAUCUACCCUACCUCCCUUACUACUACUACUCUAUCUCUCCAUCUACCUACCUACCUACACCUCUAUCUCUCCAUCUUACCUACCUACCUACACCUCUAUCUCUCCAUCUACCUACCUACACCUCUAUCUCUCCAUUUACCUACUUACACCUCUAUCUCUCCAUCUACCUACCUACACCUCUAUCUCUCCAUCUACCUACCUACCUACACUCUAUCUCUCCAUCUACCUACCUACACCUCUAUCUCUCCAUUUACCUACUACACCUCUAUCUCUCCAUCUACCUACCUACACCUCUAUCUCUCCAUCUACCUACCUACACCUCUAUCUCUCCAUCUACCUACCUACCUACACCUCUAUCUCUCCAUCUACCUACCUACCUACACCUCUAUCUCUCCAUCUACCUACACUCUACUCUCAUCUACCUACCUACACCUCUAUCUCUCCAUCUACCUACCUACACCUCUAUCUCUCCAUCUACCUACCUACACCUCUAUCUCUCCAUCUACCUACCUACACCUCUAUCUCUCCAUCUACCUACCUACACCUCUAUCUCUCCAUCUACCUACCUACCUACCUACACCUCUAUCUCUCCAUCUACCUACCUACACCUCUAUCUCUCCAUCUACCUACCUACACCUCUAUCUCUCCAUCUACCUACCUACACCUCUAUCUCUCCAUUUACCUACCUACCUACCUACACCUCUAUCUCUCCAUCUUCCUACCUACACCUCUAUCUCUCCAUCUACCUACCUACCUACCUACACCUCUAUCUCUCCAUCUUCCUACCUACACCUCUAUCUCUCCAUUUACCUACCUACCUACCUACACCUCUAUCUCUCCAUCUUUCUACCUACACCUCUAUCUCUCCAUCUACCUACCUACCUACCUACACCUCUAUCUCUCCAUCUACCUACCUACACCUCUAUCUCUCCAUUUACCUACCUACCUACCUACACCUCUAUCUCUCCAUCUUCCUACCUACACCUCUAUCUCUCCAUCUACCUACCUACACCUCUAUCUCUCCAUCUACCUACCUACACCUCUAUCUCUCCAUCUACCUACCUACACCUCUAUCUCUCCAUCUACCUACCUACACCUCUAUCUCUCCAUCUACCUACCUACACCUCUAUCUCUCCAUCUACCUACCUACACCUCUAUCUCUCCAUCUACCUACCUACACCUCUAUCUCUCCAUCUACCUACCUACACCUCAUCUCUCCAUCUACCUACCUACACCUCUAUCUCUCUAUCUUCCUACCUACACCUCUAUCUCUCCAUCUACCUACCUACCUACCUACACCUCUAUCUCUCCAUCUACCUACCUACCUACCUACACCUCUAUCUCUCCAUCUUCCUACCUACUACACCUCUAUCUCUCCAUCUACCUACCUACACCUCUAUCUCUCCAUCUACCAUACCUACACUUCUAUCUCUCCAUCUACCUACCUACCUACACUUCUAUCUCUCCAUCUACCUACCUACACCUCUAUCUCUCCAUCUACCUACCUACCUACCUACACCUCUAUCUCUCCAUCUACCUACCUACACCUCUAUCUCUCCAUCUACCUACCUACACCUCUAUCUCUCCAUCUACCUACCUACACCUCUAUCUCUCCAUUUACCUACCUACCUACCUACACCUCUAUCUCUCCAUCUUCCUACCUACACCUCUAUCUCUCCAUCUACCUACCUACCUACCUACACCUCUAUCUCUCCAUCUUCCUACCUACACCUCUAUCUCUCCAUUUACCUACCUACCUACCUACACCUCUAUCUCUCCAUCUUUCUACCUACACCUCUAUCUCUCCAUCUACCUACCUACCUACCUACACCUCUAUCUCUCCAUCUACCUACCUACACCUCUAUCUCUCCAUUUACCUACCUACCUACCUACACCUCUAUCUCUCCAUCUUCCUACCUACACCUCUAUCUCUCCAUCUACCUACCUACACCUCUAUCUCUCCAUCUACCUACCUACACCUCUAUCUCUCCAUCUACCUACCUACACCUCUAUCUCUCCAUCUACCUACCUACACCUCUAUCUCUCCAUCUACCUACCUACACCUCUAUCUCUCCAUCUACCUACCUACACCUCUAUCUCUCCAUCUACCUACCUACACCUCUAUCUCUCCAUCUACCUACCUACACCUCAUCUCUCCAUCUACCUACCUACACCUCUAUCUCUCUAUCUUCCUACCUACACCUCUAUCUCUCCAUCUACCUACCUACCUACCUACACCUCUAUCUCUCCAUCUACCUACCUACCUACCUACACCUCUAUCUCUCCAUCUUCCUACCUACACCUCUAUCUCUCCAUCUACCUACCUACACCUCUAUCUCUCCAUCUACCAUACCUACACUUCUAUCUCUCCAUCUACCUACCUACCUACACUUCUAUCUCUCCAUCUACCUACCUACCUACACCUCUAUCUCUCCAUCUACUUUCCUACCUACCUACACCUCUAUCUCUCCAUCUACCUACCUACACCUCUAUCUCUCCAUCUACCUACCUACACCUCUAUCUCUCCAUCUACCUACCUACACCUCUAUCUCUCCAUCUACCUACCUACACCUCUAUCUCUCCAUCUACCUACCUACACCUCUAUCUCUCCAUCUACCUACCUACACCUCUAUCUCUCCAUCUACCUACCUACCUACACCUCUAUCUCUCCAUCUACCUACCUACCUACACCUCUAUCUCUCCAUCUUCCUACCUACACCUCUAUCUCUCCAUCUACCUACCUACACCUCUAUCUCUCCAUCUACCAUACCUACACUUCUAUCUCUCCAUCUACCUACCUACCUACACCUCUAUCUCUCCAUCUUCCUACCUACACCUCUAUCUCUCCAUCUACCUACCUACACCUCUAUCUCUCCAUCUACCAUACCUACACUUCUAUCUCUCCAUCUACCUACCUACCUACACCUCUAUCUCUCCAUCUACUCUCCUACCUACCUACACCUCUAUCUCUCCAUCUACCUACCUACACCUCUAUCUCUCCAUCUACCUACCUACCUACACCUCUAUCUCUCCAUCUACCUACCCACCUACACCUCUAUCUCUCCAUCUUCCUACCUACACCUCUAUCUCUCCAUCUACCUACCUACACCUCUAUCUCUCCAUCUACCUACCUACACCUCUAUCUCUCCAUCUACCUACCUACACCUCUAUCUCUCCAUCUACCUACCUACACCUCAUCUCUCCAUCUACCUACCUACACCUCUAUCUCUCCAUCUUCCUACCUACACCUCUAUCUCUCCAUCUACCUACCUACCUACCUACACCUCUAUCUCUCCAUCUACCUACCUACCUACCUACACCUCUAUCUCUCCAUCUUCCUACCUACACCUCUAUCUCUCCAUCUACCUACCUACACCUCUAUCUCUCCAUCUACCAUACCUACACUUCUAUCUCUCCAUCUACCUACCUACCUACACUUCUAUCUCUCCAUCUACCUACCUACCUACACCUCUAUCUCUCCAUCUACUUUCCUACCUACCUACACCUCUAUCUCUCCAUCUACCUACCUACCUACCUACACCUCUAUCUCUCCAUCUUCCUACCUACACCUCUAUCUCUCCAUCUACCUACCUACCUACACUUCUAUCUCUCCAUCUACCUACCUACCUACACCUCUAUCUCUCCAUCUACUUUCCUACCUACCUACACCUCUAUCUCUCCAUCUACCUACCUACACCUCUAUCUCUCAAUCUACCUACCUACACCUCUAUCUCUCCAUCUACCUACCUACACCUCUAUCUCUCCAUCUACCUACCUACACCUCUAUCUCUCCAUCUACCUACCUACACCUCUAUCUCUCCAUCUACCUACCUACACCUCUAUCUCUCCAUCUACCUACCUACACCUCUAUCUCUCCAUCUACCUACCUACACCUCUAUCUCUCCAUCUACCUACCUACACCUCUAUCUCUCCAUCUACCUACCUACACCUCUAUCUCUCCAUCUACCUACCUACACCUCAUCUCUCCAUCUACCUACCUACACCUCUUUCUCUCCAUCUACCUACCUCCCAAUACCUACCUCUCUCGACCUACCUACCUACCUACUUAA